CCUAGCAUUGUUGUUACUCCCCUAGUUUUAUAUUGAAAAUAAACAAUUUCAAAAUUAUUGAAGAAUUAGUGAUUUUUUAGUAAAAUGACAUCUAUAAUUAAGCUGCAUGUUAUUUCAGGAGGUGCAGAUAGUGAAUCACCACAAUGUUAUAUCUUACAAGUGGACGAAUUGCGUUUAUUGCUAGAUGCCGGCAUGGAAAUUAACAACAAUUCUGUAAAUUUUUUAAAAGAAAUCAAAAAAUAUGUCCACACCGUAGAUGCUGUUUUACUGUCGUAUUCAGAUCUUAAUCAUUUAGGAGCACUGCCUUAUUUAGUUGGAAAACUUAAUCUUGGAUGUCAAAUAUUUGCGACGAUUCCAACAUACAAAAUGGGACAAAUGUUUAUGUACGAUGCCUUUAUGAGCCAUUACAAUCAGUAUGACUUUGAUUUAUUUUCACUGGAUGAUGUUGAUGCUGCUUUUGACAGAAUCACACAAUUAAAGUACAACCAAAGUGUUUCAUUAAAAGGAAAAGGCUACGGAAUAACAAUUACGCCGCUUCCUGGUGGACGAAUGAUAGGAGGUACAAUAUGGAAAAUCGUUAAAGUCGGUGAGGAAGAAAUAGUUUAUGCUACAGACUUUAAUCACAAGAAGGAACGACAUUUAAAUGGAUGUGAAUUAGAGAAACUUCAACGACCAUCAUUAUUGAUCUGUGACUCGUAUAAUGCUAAAUAUCAACAAGCAAGAAGACGAGCUCGCGAUGAGAAAUUGAUGACAAACAUCCUGCAGACAUUAAGAAAUAAUGGAAAUGUCUUGAUUGCUGUCGAUACAGCAGGACGUGUCCUAGAAUUAGCUCACAUGUUGGAUCAACUUUGGAAGAACAAAGACUCUGGAUUAAUGGCUUAUUCUCUCGCAUUUCUCAGUAAUGUCAGCUAUAAUGUCAUUGAAUUUGCCAAGUCACAAAUUGAAUGGAUGAGCGAUAAACUUAUGAAGAGCUUUGAAGGAGCCAGAAAUAAUCCAUUUGCAUUUAAACAUUUACGGACUAUCCAUACAAUGAAUGAGCUAUCGAAAAUACCUGGACCUAAAGUUGUAUUAGCUUCAUGUCCAGAUCUUGAGAGUGGUUUUAGUCGAGAAUUAUUUUUCCAAUGGGCUCAAAAUUCGCACAACAGCAUUAUCCUUACAUCUCGAACAUCCCAUGGGACGUUAGCUAGAGAUUUGAUUGAAAACGGUGGAAAUCGUAGAAUUGAACUGGAUGUGAAAAGACGAGUUGAAUUGGAAGGAAUAGAACUUGAAGAAUUUAUGAGAACACAUGAAGGCGAUAAGCAUCGUCCGAAUAUCUUAAAACGUGAAGCUGAAGAGGAAUCAAGCAGUGAUUCUGAGGAUGACUUAGAGAUGAAAGUUAUUACUGGAAAGCAUGACAUUGUUGUUCGUCCAGAAGGCAGAACACAUUCAGGCUUCUUUAAGUCUAGAAGUAAAAGACAGUAUGCCAUGUUUCCAGCACAAGAAGAUCGCAUAAAGUUCGAUGAAUAUGGUGAAGUUAUUUUGCCUGAAGACUAUAGAAUAGCUGAUCUUGCUGGAGAUAUGAUGGACGAUAAUAAGGAAAACAGUUUGAUUAAAACCGAAGACAUCAAAAAAGAGAAUGACGAUGAUGUGCUGACGAUUGAGAAACCAACAAAGUGUAUCAACAGCAGAAAACUUAUUGACAUAAAAGCACAAAUCCAAUUCAUAGACUUUGAAGGACGUUCCGACGGAGAAUCAUUGAUGAAAAUUCUAUCACAAUUGCGUCCACGUCGUGUGAUAGUUGUAAGAGGAAAUGAAAGCAACAGUCAAGCACUAUCGAGUCAUUGUGAACAAAAUAUUGGCUCAAAAGUCUUUGCACCGCACCGAGGAGAAAUAAUUGAUGCCACAACUGAAUCAUCCAUCUAUCAAGUAAGACUAACGGAAGCUCUUGUAAGUGAAUUAGAGUUCCAGAAAGGAAAGGACGCAGAAAUUGCAUGGAUUAAUGGUCAAAUUACUAUUCGUAAUAAAUUAAUUGACAAUUCAACGACAAUGGAUUAUGAAGAUCAUGUAGAACUGGCUGGCGAUGAGAAUAGAGUUAUUGCUUUAGAUCCACUUCCAUAUGAUAAGAUUCCUCCACACGAUUUCGUGUUUCUUAAUGAAAUGAAAUUGGCUGCAUUUAAAGAAAUUUUAGUGAAAAAUAACAUUACGUCUGAAAUUUCUGGAGGUAUGUUGCUGUGCUGUAAUGGGACAAUAGCUGUAAAGAGAAUCGAUACUGGAAAAGUUACAAUCGAGGGAUGUUUAUCUGAGGAAUAUUUCAAAGUUCGAGAGCUGCUGUAUGAACAGUAUGCGAUCGUGUAAAAGAAU